GACGCGGAGCGCAGAAAGACCUUUGUUUUAAAAAUGCCCAUGGAGCUGACGCAAAGCCGCAUCCAGAAGAUUUGGCUUCCCAAUGACAACCGCCCGGCUCUGCCCCGCCGCUCCUGUGGGCCACAGCUUGCCAAUUCCCCCACUGUGAUAGUGAUGGUUGGCCUCCCAGCCCGCGGGAAGACCUACAUCUCCAAGAAGCUGACUCGCUACCUCAACUGGAUCGGUGUCCCAACAAAAGUUUUCAACGUGGGGGAGUAUCGCCGUGAGGCAGUGAAACAUUACAGCUCCUAUGACUUCUUCCGCCCCGACAAUGAGGAGGCCAUGAAAGUCAGGAGGCAAUGUGCCCUGGCUGCCUUGAGGGAUGUCAAGCUAUACCUGACGGAGGAGGCUGGCCAGAUUGCGGUUUUUGAUGCCACCAAUACCACGCGGGAGAGGAGAGGGAUGAUCCUAAACUUUGCCAAAGAAAAUGGGUUCAAGGUGUUCUUCAUUGAAUCUGUCUGCAAUGAUCCCACAGUAGUUGCCACCAAUGUUAUGGAAGUAAAAUUGUCCAGCCCUGAUUACCGGGACUGUAAUUCGACCGAUGCCAUGGAGGAUUUCAUGAAGAGGAUCAAUUGCUACCAGGCCAGCUACCAGCCGCUCGACCCUGAUGACUAUGACCGGGAGCUUUCUCUCAUCAAAGUCAUCGAUGUCGGCCGGCGGUUCCUGGUCAACAGGGUUCAGGAUCACAUCCAGAGCAGGAUCGUUUACUACCUGAUGAACAUCCAUGUCCAGCCCCGCACCAUUUAUCUCUGUCGGCAUGGCGAAAGCGAGUUCAACCUCAAGGGGAAGAUUGGAGGUGACUCGGGCCUCUCCAACAGGGGCAAGAAGUUUGCACUGGCACUGAACAAAUUUGUUGAGGAGCAGAACCUGAAGGACCUCAAAGUCUGGACCAGCCAACUAAAGAGGACAAUCCAAACAGCAGAAGCUCUCCAGCUGCCCUACGAGCAGUGGAAGGCGCUCAAUGAAAUAGAUGCUGGUGUGUGUGAAGAAAUGACGUAUGAAGAUAUCAGGGAGCAGCAUCCAGAGGAAUUUGCUUUACGUGAUCAGGAUAAAUAUUACUACCGCUAUCCUUCUGGGGAGUCCUACCAAGAUCUGGUGCAGCGCCUAGAGCCGGUCAUCAUGGAGCUGGAGAGACAAGAGAAUGUCCUUGUGAUCUGUCACCAGGCUGUCAUGCGCUGUCUCCUGGCAUACUUUCUGGACAAGAGUGCAGAUGAAAUGCCCUACCUGAAAUGUCCCCUUCACACAGUGUUGAAGCUGACCCCGGUGGCCUAUGGCUGCCGGGUGGAGUCCAUCUCGCUGAACAUUGAAGCUGUCAACACCCACAGGGAACGGCCAGAGGAAGCAAAGAAGGGACCUAACCCGCUCAUGAGACGUAAUAGCGUUACCCCUCUAGCAAGCCCAGAGCCCACCAAAAAACCUCGCAUCAACAGCUUUGAGGAGCAUGUGGCUGUUUCUUCCGCCCUGCCAGGCUGUGUUCCUCAGGAAGUGCCCACGCAGCUGCCGGGACAACCUUUACUAGGGAAGGCAUGCCUACGACCCGUUUGUCACUUUCUCAAAGUUUUCUCUUUACUAAUAUUUCCAAGGUAA